UGAUGGCGGUAAUGCACCAUGUAUGUAAACUGCCAGAAAAAGCUACAGAAGAAGAAAGAGGAAGAAGAGACCACCGGAAGUGACAGCCGUUGGACUCUACUACAACGUCAGGUGAUUUGUUUUCGGGUUGAGAAACUAACGCAACUAAAAUAUUUUAGACGUGAUAUUUUGAUGAGCUUCGUGCUUACUUGGUGAAGAAUGUCAGAGUUAAAAAGAUGGGAGAAAGAAAUGUUCCACUGAGUUGGUUCUCAGUGCUAGCUACUUAGCUAAGCUAUCCCCCCCCGGUGGAGCCUGACAACUAAACUGAAUGGAACACUUUCAGUUUACCUUCAGCUGAGGAAACUGAACCUUAAAGUUAAUGCAGCUCCUUAGACUCAUCUCUGCCUGUCGGAACCUGAGCUAACACCAUAAAUGUAGCUUCCUGAACAGAAUCCGACACCUGAAAUGAAUGCAAGACUUUAAAGCGACCCGUAAGCACUCGGGGUGUCGUGUUUACACGCAGACUCGCAUCUGGGCUUCCGUUGUUUGAACAUAAAAUGUGGCUGCAGCAGAGACUGAAGGGUCUACCGGGCUUGUUGUCGAGUAGCUGGGCGCGAAGGGUCCUCAUCGGACUGCUCCUCUUCCUCAUCUUCUACUGGUACCUGGGGGCAGAGCGCAGGUGGACGUUCCUGGGCGGUUCGGCUGUGCCCGGAGGUGCGGCGGGGGAGUGCCUCCAGAGUGAGAUCCACAAGUGGAAGUCCAUAGCUGAUCGGGGAGAGGGGCUCUACAGCACCCACUCGGAUCCGCUGGACACGCCUUUCGUGACGGGGAACGGCCAUAUUCUCAUCGAUGUGGACGCCAACAAGUUGUGGGUGGCCUCGUCUUCACAGCCGGGCUCAGCCCCGGUUCACCAAACCGAACACUCUCCGAGGGUCAACGUCCACCUUGUGGGGAGACGGGCCGAGGCUGAAGCUUACUUGCUGGGGUACCGGAAGGGAGCAGUGCUCUCGGUCCGGUGCGCCUCGCCGGCCGCUGUGCAGUCCGCUCUGGACUGCGUGUCCAUCCGAGAGGAGUUCAUCGCCCACCGGAGCCGACCCAAUGUGUACCUACAACGAAUCCACAUCAACAACCCCUCAGAUCGGGUCGCUAACGUGGACAUAACACCCAGCAGCCCAGGAUCGAGGAGCAGGUUUUCAUCCAGCGUGGACACGCUCGACGACAGGGAGGUGGAGCUGUCCUCCGGGACGGUGCAGGUGGAGAACAGCCAGGUCGUGCUGGUGGUGGUUGUCACCAGAAAGCUGAAGAACAGGAUCCAGGUCGCUGCAAAAUCCGAGUACUCGGACAACAUCCUGUCUGUGGUCUGGACCUCAGAGCCCAUCGAGUCCUCGAAGCUGGAGGCGACCUUCAGCAGCCUCAGGGAUGGUGCCAAGAAGGAGAUGGAGGAACUUCUGAGGGCUGACGUGAAGGAGCUGGUUCAGAAACACCAGCAGGCCUGGAUGGACCUCUUUAGCUCAGGUAUCGAAAUGAGAAAGAUUACGGACUCCAACACGCCAUCCAGCCGCACCGUGAACAACACCCUCUACUACAUCCUGUCCUCCUCCACGGCCCCUCUGCUCGACCAGCGGCCGAGCGCGGAGGAGCGCGCGCGCCUCGUGUCCAGCCUCAACUACGCCGACCACUGCUUCAGCGGCCACGCCACCAUGCACGCCGAGAACCUGUGGCCCGAGCGUGUGAGCAACACGGCUCAGAUCUUGCAGCUGGUCACGCUGUGGACCCUAACCCUGCAGAAGAGGGGCUGCAAGGUGCUGGUUGCCGCCGGCGCCCACGGGGCCAUGCAGGGCAUGGUGCUCAGCUUCGGCGGCCUCCAGUUCACAGAGAACCACCUCCAGUUCCAGGCCGACCCGGACGUGCUGCACAACAGCUACGCCCUGCGGGGGAUCCACUACAACCAGGAUCUGAUCAACCUGGCCGUGUUGCUGGACGGUGAGGGGAAGCCCUUCCUGCACCUGUCGGUGCGGCAGCAGGAGGCGGCAGUCAAGCUGUACGCCUGCGAGGCCGGCUGCCUCAACGAGCCUGUCGAGCUCACCUCCGAGGUCAAAGGCCACACGUUCCCCGUCAUGGUGACCCAGCCCAUCACGCCGCUGCUCUACAUCUCCACCGACCUGCGCCACCUGCAGGACCUGCGCCACACGCUGCACCUCAAGGCCAUUCUGGCUCACGAGGAGCACAUGGCAAACAGAUACCCCGGCCUGCCCUUUCUGUUCUGGUUCAGUGUGGCGUCGCUCAUCACCCUGUUCCACCUCUUCCUGUUUAAACUCAUCUACAACGAGUACUGUGGCCCCGGCGCCAAGCCUCUCUUCAGGAGCAAGGUCUCCAGCAAAAGAGAAGACGACUGCCGCGACUCCUCUGAGGUCGCUUAACCGUAGCUUCAGCGCAGGUUUGCUGCUGCUGUUGUUGUUGUGGACAUAUUGACAUGGUGGGUGGGUUCGUUCGUUUGCUGUUCGUUCUGAUUCUAAAUCCUCUGACGUCCAACUCAGCUGCUGUGUUUUAUGUAAAAUAACAUCCAACAUGGCGGAAUAUUGCCCAGAAAUCAGCUGGGAAACCAAACCACAGGGCCGGAAUUAACAAUAGCGUUCAUAAAAAUAAUUUGUUUUACUCUGCAUGAGUAUUCAGUAUAUGUAUACUGAAAUUGUGGGGUUUUUUUUGAAAAAAAUCACAAGUUGUGAGUUAGAAUUGAAUAUGAAACCGGUCUUCUGUAGAAGAGUCUCUAGAUUAAGCCUUUAAAAAAAAAACGUCUUGAUUGUUUCAGACGUGGUGGUGUGAGCCUCCAGGUCAAACAGGAAGAGCUGAAUCUAUGCCAGGCGAUCCAGGUGGAAACCAGCAAUUUCAGUCUUCUGUUUACCUUUCACACAUUUCAUUAGGACCAUUGCAGCAUGCAAUGGUUUCCUUUCACCGUUUACUUCUUUAAACCUAGCUUCAGUGUGAUAAGCAGGCAUGAUUUUUAAUGGCGUUGUGCAGAAAAAAAUAUUUAAAAGCCAAGUUAUCUUUCUGGUUUUAGUAUAACAAAAAAUAUUAGGGUAAAUAGUUUGAUGCUGAUGUUAAAGUGCCUAAAUAUGAUUUUGAAUUAAUUGUUUGUCAAGUUGGUAUAUGUAAUUAUAAUUUUUCUGUGUAAAACACUACAGACACGACAAAGGACUGUUGAUCAAAUGUAGGGAGGGCUGGAUCAGGCACGUCUAUGGAGGAUUAAAAAGGACAAAAUUAAUACAUUAAGUCAUUAAAUAAAUUCACCAUAAAAUAAAUAAACUCUUAAUCAGAUGAUUACAUAUGCCAUUAAGUAAUUUAAAUACACACUUGUAAUAUAAGAUAGUUAAUCAGAUGUACAUUUAUUUAUUUCACGGUUCCCGUUUCUGAGGCAUGUCAGUGAAACAGUCGGUCAAAUUCACCUAUCAACCAAGAGGCAGAGAUUUGUCCACCUUAUGACCACUUUGCUGCUGCACUUAAUAUCAUCCAAUCUGGCACUGCACAUCUUUACAAUAUGCAUGUUAUGAUAAUGACCAACUUGUGGCAUAACUUUCAGGCCUAUUGUGAAACUACACCACAGCAGAAGAGUGACUUAAGAUUUCUCCAGAGAGAGAAAAAGUGAAAAUCUGGUUCUGGCUGAGAAAAUGUGAAGAAAUGUGACUGUGGUGAGUUCUAGACGAAUUGUGGCUGUAGUUCUGUGCUUCAAGCAGGACUCUGACGGAGAAUCCCAGGCAAGACUGUGGAAGUCGGUGAACACGACUCCUUCCUUUGGUUGACUGGCAGCCGCUGUGUUUAGCUUCUCAUGCUAACAAAGUCCGUCCUCUGAUGGCUCGUUAGCUCGUAUUUAGCCUUUUCCAUCAUUUUCUUUGAACCUGAAGCAUGUAACCUUUCUCCAGUUUACCAUCUCUACUUCUCAUUUUUCAGCAUUUCUCAUAACAUCUAACCAGCACCAGCUUUCACAAGUCAUGUUCUGCCUGGUUUGUCUAGUUUUACUCGAGCUCUGGAGGUUUCUCUGAACGUGUCGCUCAGGUUUCCUGACCUCUAGUCUGGAUUUAAGCCCCAACAUCAGACUCGCUUAGGAACUGGACCCUGAUGGACAGCUUCCUCGCUGUAUUUGUGAAAUAGAUUAUUCUGGGAACGCAGAGUAUAUUAAAUCUUCUUUGGGCUUUUCCCCCUUCCCAGAACAUUAAAACUGAUUCCUGUGUUCACACAUGGAAGUUCCACUUGGCUUCACUCUGAUUUUUAGGUCCUUUUCCUUCGGUUUUCACUUGCCGGGUGAUUUAUUUUUGCUCCGUUUCUCUUUAUGGGUUUGUUUUUCAUUUCUUCUUUAAUGUGAACUACUGAAUAUGUCUGAAUGAAGAAAUAAGUUAAUUUAUUGAACAUUUGCAAUAAUCCCAAUGCUUUGUAUUUGAAGUAUUUGUGCUUAAAAGUUUGAUUUGGGUUUAUUUUGGGGAGAAUAAAUCACUUAUUAAAAUAUG